AACAAAUCGAUCUGCCUUUAGCAACUUCCCCUGAAAAUUAGUUGGCAACACUGGUUUCGUGACUUCAGUCACUCACGCUGAAAAUGUUUCGACACUUUCUGAUGUCACGGUUAUAAAGCGAGGAGUCUGAGGCGGGGGAAGUCAAGCGCGGGAGUCAUGAGAAGGUCGAGGUGUUGCACGUCUACAAUCAAUGAAAUCAUGACGAUAAUAUAUUUAAAUGAUUUAAAUAGGCCAGAUAGCAGCUUUUCUGCUGUUUUUUUUUCUGCUGGGGUUUGUGUUCAUUUAAGGGAUGCUAAUUGUAAUGUAAUGUCCUAUAUGAUUUAUAUUUCCCCUUUCUGUGUAAACACAGCGAACUUCGGAGUUUCUGAAAUUUGGUCACCCUUAUAAUGUCUGAAAGUCCUCCGCCUGAGUGAACUUGAUACAGCUGACGAGCUGAUUUCGAAAUCAUUGAGCAAAAAUGAGAAAAGUGAAAGCUAGUGAGGAGAAAAAGUCCUCGGAUACAAACACUUGAUCUAAUGAAUGACAUUCAGGCAUUUUCUGGGUUAUGUGAACAUACAUGAAAAGUGGUAUUAAAUGAAGAUAAAGGUCUCUGUGGAAGGGAAAAACAUAUGAUUAUGACUCUGCAGCAGGUUUCCAGACGGCAGAUCUCCAGCACCGUCCGCAGACAGCUGGUCAACAAGGUGCCGGACAAACAGAAACUCUUUCAGGAGGCCAAUGGGAUUCCGGUUCAUCUGAAGGGAGGAGUCGGUGACGCUGUUCUUUACCGUGCAACUAUGGGUCUCACAGUACUAGGAACUGCAUAUGUCAUAUAUGAACUAGUAAAGGCAGCUCUCCCUCAGAAGAAGGACUGAUGUCAGCUCCUGCCCUCAUUUCUGUGGAAAUGUGAUGUUAUGAGCGUUUCACACAAUAUAUUUAUUCCUUAAUUUGGAAGGUAAAAGGGACCAAAUUGAUUUGAAUAAAAGAAUCUGUGCCUGUCUUUAACAGACAAAUUCUGAUUGGUGCACUUUACUCAUUAAAAAUU